CAGGUUCUUUCUCAAGCACGUCACCGCGAGGCUUCAACACCUCCAGCCAUGGCUGCACCAGCAAAUAUUGCCGAUAGCGAACUAACUCUCAACGCUCCAUAUCAAUACCAGCCCAUCGACCCCAAAGAUGAAAUCAGAAUCCUCAUUGUAUCGCCGCCAGCCUCGUCCGACCCAACCACCAUUCAUGGCGAGCUCUUUACCGCCAAGCGCUCUGACAAACCGCCAUACGAGGCGCUGUCUUAUUGUUGGGGAGCUGAGGUGUUUCCCGAGAUGCUUCAUCUACCCGGAGGUGUUCUUGCCAUCACGGAUAACCUCGCUGCUGCCUUGAGGCAGCUGAGACAUCCAGAACAACGUCGCCAUCUUUGGGUAGAUGCCAUUUGUAUCAAUCAGAGGGACAACCAGGAGAAAAACCACCAAGUUUCUCUGAUGUCUCAAGUUUUUCGGAAUGCGACCACUGUUCUGGUGUGGCUUGGGAAGGGGGAUGAGAAUACGAGAGAAGCGAUGAAAACAAUGAAGCAACUCGCCAACUCCGCCUGGGAAUACGGUAUUCCUUCGAGGGUGGUAACCGAGGAUGGCCUCACAGGUAGCGUCCUUGCGACAACUAAGGUCGCCUCAGGCUUUGCCCAAAGCAACAAUGGUAUAUCCAAAAAGAUCGUUGGCCUAUCGGAGACGAUUAAAUUUGGUUCGUUCGAGGCCUAUUUCGAUCAAGACUGGUUCAAGAGGCUUUGGAUUAUCCAGGAAUUCGUUCUUGCGCCAAACCUUACCAUUCAUAAUGGCGAGAUGGCAUUGUCCGCCCAUGAUUUUAUGUUAGGAUUUUCUGUUAUCUCCCUGCUUGUUUCACAUCCUACCGUUGGAGAAACAUGUGUUGCUAGGCUGGGGAAUGUGCAUUUGGGUUUUCUUGUAUGCAUGCAAAAAGAACAAUACUGGCAUGGGAAAGGUCAUAAUCUUGUGUUACUUCUAGACCUUUAUUCACAGCGUCAGUGCAAACUGGAAGUGGACAUUGUUUAUGGACUUCUUGCCAUUGCAACUGACGGUGCGGAAUGGCCAGUAGACUACGGAUUGACAGUCGAGUUGGUCUUUACGGAAGUAGCUCUGAGCUACCUGAAGAGGUCCAAUCUCAGUAUUCUCCACCGCGGUUACAGAGCAAUGCAAAUUUCCAGUAAUGCAACAACCGACGCCGCAUCAUAUCGUGCUCAUCUUCCUUCAUGGGUUCCAGAUUGGAGGUUUGAGGGCCAUGGUAACGAGUUUGAUAGUGAUGGGUUUAACUCAGCGACAUCUUCUCGGCCUAAAGUAUCAACUGAGUAUGCGAGUAGUGGCAUUAUCGGACUUGAAGGUGUUUAUGUCGAUGAACUGUCUAUUACAGUCCCAGAUACAUCGAAUAAAUCAACACCAGUCCCGUGGGAUGGUCCGGGUGUUCUGAAUAACUUCACUCAGGCUCUAGCGUUCAAAGAGAUUUUUAUUAGGCGGAUGCAACUGCGGAACUGGCAAUACCCAACCGGGGAGGCUCUAGAUUCGGUCUUUGCGCAAAGCAUCAUACUUGAAAAUACACCUGACUUUUGCAAGUGGAGACUUGGAGAACACCUCACUCCUAACGACAUGCUUUUGCUGUGGCAGAAGGUAGUGGAUGCGUUUGCACCCGAGGACUCUACACCGCCAUCAGGUUCACAGCACGAUUCGAACAGCGUAGGGCCAGCCGGCUUCGACACAGAACUUUAUUCUAGGGUUAUUAAGAUCGCGCGCGAUGACCGGAAGUACAUAAUGACAAGAUCCGGAUAUAUCGGACUAGCGCCUGAAACCUGCAAAGUGGGUAAUGUUAUCGCAAUUUUCGAUGGCGCGGAGACUCCGUUUGUGCUUCGACUGGCAGAGAAGACUGACUCACUUGAAAGAAUAAGGAAUCUCGGGUCUGAAGUCCGUGAAAAUGUGGGAGAGCUGUGGGAGAUUAUUGGAGAGUGUUAUUUGUAUGGCUUGAUGAACAAUGAGGUGUUACGACCUGAAUGGAAUGAUAAGAGACGGAGCUUUUGGCUUGUCUGAUUUCUGCGUCUCCUCACACAAACGAACUCUUGACGGACAAUGGAAAUGUCUGGAGUUCGGAGCCCUUGGGGCUAUAGAACGUUGAGUUGAGAUAUUACUGCGAAUUUCCCACCAACAGAUUUUUGGUAUGGCCGAACUACACGUUCCUGUGCGACGGAAAAGACUCCAGGAUAAGGGGAAAAGGAAGAGUGGAGCUCAAAGUAUCGGAGUCAAGAGCAUUUCAGAUAUAUGAGAGGGGAGCUACUCAGCUGGAAAGAGAAGCAGGAGCUAAGGAAUUGGAGGAGUGCUGUGGGGCUGCAAUGGGAAAGUAUCAAUGGUCGUCCUGGGAUAAUCGAGAGAGCGGUGCUGGAGGCUAGGAGAAGGGGGAGCGUAUUUGAAUUGAGUUAAUCGAUGAGCUACAGUAAUCUUGAUCAUAAAUAUGCGUACUACGUCACUGAUGCUUCGC